ACCUUGCCUAAGGACCAGACUCAGCCGCCUCGCUUUGGGCGUGGAACUGAAACAGGAAGAUUGUUCAGAUGCCCAUUCGGUUUACUUAAGUUAAAAUAGGCUAAACUUGUGCACGCUACCCAGUUUGUUGGUUGAACGGUUGUUUGUUGAUGAAUAGAUUAUCAACUAAGUCAUCUAGCCUACUUUUCCAGGUCUUGGUCACACACCUUGGAUUCAGCUAACGUUACAAGGAAAAUGAGCUCUGCACAAUAUAAUCAGGGGUUUAAAGGACAACAUGAGCAUGUCACUUUUCUGACCAAUCAAGAGAAGGUGACAUCCAAGAGGAAGGUAGCUGUGGUGUUGGGUGUCAUCCUUACACUGCUGGUUAUUGCGGCUGUUGUAGGGGUGUUACUAUGGAUUUUCAUUGGUAAACAUGAUUCUGAGGAAAAUGCCACCUUAAGCCAGAAGCGGAAACCAGUGGCGAGGGUCUUCAGUGGUCAUAUGCAGUUGUCUGGAAUUCCAUAUAUGGAUACUCUAGAAGAUCCCACCAGUAGAGAAUUUGAAAUUACGGCUAACACCUUGGAAGAAACUUUGGAGAAAACAUACAUGAAAGACCCAAUCCUUGCAAAGUUCUUCACCAAGUCAAUCAUUACAGCCUUCAGCGAAGGUAUUACGGCUUAUCACUGGGUCCAGUUUGAUAUUCCCGCUGAAGAUCUGGAGAUUCUUCCUGAAGUGUCAGAGGAGCGUAUGAUGGAAAUACUGCGUUCAAACAUCCGUCAGCAAGGCAAACAAAGUCAGCAGAAUUUGACUAUCACAGAUAUCACAGUGUCAUUCACAGACCCUAGGAUGGCUAGGAACCCCAGAGCAAAGGAGUGCUUCUACCGCCUUGAAGCCGACUAUUCUGUGAAGGAAUUCCAGUCGCCAGGGUUUCCAAAGAAGUACCCACCCCAUGCACGCUGUCAGUGGCAGAUUCGAGCACCCAAAGAUACUGCCAUUUUUGUAAAGUUCCCAUUUUUCCAUGUGGAGGAUGACUGUACCAAUGACUUUGUAUUCAUUUAUGACUCACUCAGCCCAGAUGACUCCCAAGCCAUCACCAAGCAGUGUGGCAAGCGACCUCCCACUAACCAGCUACAAGUGGUUUCCUCAAGCAACAUUCUACUGAUCAACUUCAUCACUGACAGCAAUAAGCAGUGGCCAGGUUUCCAAGGAGAGUUAUCUGUCAUUCCCAUAACCACAACCAAAACAUGUGGUGGAACUUUUACCAACACCAGUGGUAGCUUCACCUCACCUCACUUUCCCAGUUUUUAUCCACCAGACAUAGACUGCAAAUGGACCAUUUCAGUGCCUAAAGGUAUGAAUGUGCGUUUGACGUUCACAAUGUUUCGUAUGAAAGAGCCAGGAGUGGACAUUCGAGUCUGUCACAAAGACUAUGUGGAGGUCUUGGGCAUAAAAUAUUGUGGAGAGCGGUCUACGUUGUCACUCACAAGCACAUCAGAUAAAGUGGAAGUUUACUUUCAUUCCGAUGAAUCUUACACAGACAAAGGAUUUCAAGCAGAGUUCAAUGCUUAUGACCCUGGCAACCCAUGCCCUGCACAGUUUGCUUGUUCUUCAGGAAUCUGCAUUGAUAAAGGUCUGGAAUGUGAUGGUUGGAAUGAUUGUGGAGAUAUGAGUGAUGAACGAACAUGCCACUGUGAACAGGAUCAAUUUGCCUGUGCCAAUGGAAUGUGCAAGCCGAAAUACUGGGUAUGUGACAGGGUCAAUGACUGUGGAGACAACAGUGAUGAGUUGCAGUGCAGCUGUGGUAAGGGCGAGGUACGAUGUGGUGAUGGUACCUGCAUUCAGCAGAGUGGCGUUUGUGAUGGCAAGAAAGACUGCGAAGACAGUAGUGAUGAAGCAUCCUGUAAAGAAUCCUCAGGGAUUUGCACAGACUUCACUUUCAAGUGUCAAGACGGCACCUGUGUGAACAAGAUAAAUGCUGAGUGUGACCACGACAAGGAUUGCGCCGAUGGAUCUGAUGAGGAGGGAUGCAACUGCGGAGUCCGGCCAUACAAACAUAACCGCAUUGUGGGUGGGCAAGAUGCAGAUAUUGGAGAGUGGCCUUGGCAGGUUAGCCUGCACUUCAGGACAAAUGCACAUGUGUGUGGAGCCUCCAUUAUAUCAAACACAUGGCUACUGUCUGCUGCCCACUGCUUCCAGAAUGAUAAUGCAGGAGAUUGGCUGACAUAUAGUGGUCUUCGGGAUCAGUUCAAGGUCACUGAUAAGGAUGUGCAACUGCGUAAAGUGAAGACCAUCAUUCCACACCCUGACUACAAUCCUAUGACAUUUGAUUAUGAUAUUGCUCUGCUAGAACUAGAGCAGCCACUGAAGUUCACUAACCUGAUCCACCCCAUCUGUCUGCCUGCCAAAUCACAUGUUUUCUCAGCAGGUACACCUUGCUGGGUUACAGGCUGGGGAACCUUACGAGAAGGAGGACUCCUUGCCCAAGUACUGCAAAAAGCAGAGGUCAAGAUAAUUAAUGACACAGUGUGUAAUGUGGUGACAGAGGGCCAGGUCACCUCAAGAAUGAUGUGCAGUGGAUUUCUCAGAGGAGGGGUGGAUGCCUGCCAGGGAGACUCGGGUGGCCCCUUGGUGUGUCUCUCAGAGGCUGGAAAGUGGUUCCAAUCAGGCAUUGUGAGUUGGGGUGAAGGUUGUGCCCGUCGCAAUAAGCCUGGUGUAUAUACUCGUGUAACUAAACUGCGGGACUGGAUCCAUGAAAAAACAGGUAUCUAGUGCAGAGGUGUUUGGGUUGGAGGUCAUAUAUGGGUCAUUCCAUAUAGAUUUGGAAAAAAGAGCAAAAAUACACUCAGGUUACUACUGUAUAUACUUGUUUUUGUAAGUUUGGGCAGGCUUGGAAUAAUACUUUUUAAGACAUUAAUGUCUAAACAUGGCUUUGGAGGUAAGGUAUUUUUUAUAGUAAAAAUGAU